UUUGAACUGUAAAGGUUUAUAUAACCAUCUUUGCCUCAUUCCUGGUUUUGCUGGUGAAGUGAAGGUGAGAGAUGUAAUACGAUUCAGAGCUGCUGCUUGAACUCAUAAAAGAGCGACUCAAGGAAAAUCCGAACAUGCAGCAUCCAUUUAUAAGACGAUGAUUUCGUUGUGAGACUGUCCUCUGGUUCCGUUUCUGUAUUUUCUGUGUCAGGUUCGUUGGAGGAAGAAGAAGAAGACACGAACUUUCAUCGAAUCAGGAUGUUUGUUCUCAUCUGGGUGACGCUGCUUUUCUCUGUGAGAGUCAGCGAUACUGAGACAGGUUCUUCAGUGUGGGGGAAAACGAGUUGUCCUUUGACGGAUUACUGUAACACUCUAGUUGAAGGAAACAUAACAGCGGAGGCCGGACUCUGUGUCGUGAUACCAUGCUCCUUCACUGUUCCUAGGAACAUCCACAUCUCACAUAUAGUUUGGUUUAAAUGUGAACCGACUGAAAGGAGAUGUGGUGAUGGAGACAUGAUUUUCAACAGUGACCCCUCCAGCGAUAAGGUUCAGUCGGCGUUUAAAGGACGAGUGUCACUGCUGGAGUCUGAUGUGAGCCAGAAAAACUGCAGCAUCAUCGUCAAUGACCUGAAGGAGUCGGACUCUGGAGCAUAUCAAGUAAGAGUUGAAGCUUUACCGUUGGAAGGUUCAUUAACAUUCUUCCAAAGAGCAAAUGUCUCUGUUAAAGGUCUGAGUCAGAGGCCCACAGUGAUGAUUCCCCCUCUGACGGAAGGACAGCUGACCACACUGACCUGCACUGCUCCUGGUCUCUGCUCUGGAUCUGAACCUACAUUCACCUGGAGGUGGCGAGGAAGAGGAGAGAGCGACGCUGACCUCUCAGGAAACAUCACGGCCUUCAAAACUGAGAAUGUGGCUGAGUUCGCCAAGACAAGCAGCUCGAGUCUGUCCUUCUCCCCUUCAGCUGAACAUCACAGAACCAACAUCACCUGCACGGUCCUCUUCCAAGGAAAUGUGAGCACAGUGGAGACAGCGACUCUGAAUGUGACCUACAGUCCCAACAAAGUGACAGUUCAAGCCAAUCCUGGUCUUGAGGUGAAUGAAAAUGUGUCGUUGACACUGAGCUGUUCUGCCGAGUCCAACCCACCAGUGAGCUCUGUCACCUGGAGGAAGACGACUGAUGGGAGAGAGGAAAUCAUCCAACAGACUCAGACUCAGACCUUCAGGGUGAAUUCAUCCAGUCCCUCUGACAGUGGACUGUACAGCUGUGAAGCCACCAAUGACAUUGGAAGAGGAAAGUCACAGCCAGCUGAGGUUAGAGUCAGAUUUGCACACACACACAUCAUGGAGUCGGCAGAGAAGCAGGAGCUUGAUGGGAGGAGCUCCGUGAUGCUGAGCUGCUUCAGUCACAGCUUUCCCCCAGUCCAACACUACUCAUGGUACAGGAAGAGUCAGGGAGAGGAAAAGGAUGAACUUGUGUCCAAGCAUCAAAACCACACAGUGUACUCAAACCAGUCAGGAGUCUACUACUGCAUCGCACAAAAUGAAGCAGAUCACAGUUUGUCUGAUCCCGUCCAUCUGUUUGAACGAGACUAUCUGGAGAACCUGAGGUUCCUCGUUUUUGCUCUACUUCUCCUGAUGAUUAUCAGUGUAAUUGUGGUAAAUUUAAGAUACUGGAGGAAAUCUGCUCAACAAGGAAAAAUAAACAAUGAAUCCCCUUCUGGUUUUUCGAAUGAACCAGAGAGCCUGCAGGACUAUGAUGACGUUGGUAAUGCAGCUGCACGUGCACCAACAUCUCCAAAUCUCUUUGACGACCACACCAGUGAAGGUGAAGUGGAGCUGAACUUUCCACAGGUGAGAUUCACAGCGACGCCCCGAAGUCAGACGACCAACAGAGACUCCAGCUGCUCACACCAAGAUGAGAGUUAAUACUCUGACGUCAGGAUUUGACCUGAGAUGUUCUCGUCCUGCUUUUUACAGCUACCUCGGGCCUGAGGAAGUUUAUAUUCACAAUAAUUCAUCACAGAGAGUCUGAAGAGUUCAUGUGUUAAAUCGUGUUGCCAGUUGGAGUAUUUUAAAACUAGUUAGCAAGAAGGCACAGAAGUUACAUUACUGAGCUAAAAUAUAAUAUAUCAAUAUUUAAAACUGUUAAUUAAAGGUUCUGGAGAAAAUAGUGAACAAAGCUAAUUGUGAGGGAUAAAUGGUUAAAAUCUUUAUUUUGAAACUUAAAAUGUAAAAUUAUUGUAUUAAUGACUUUGUAUAUAAUCUCUCUCUAUAUAUAUAUAUAUAUAAAUGACAUGCAGUUAGACAAGAAAUGCUGAGAAUCACUGCUGAAUGUUUUUUUUGUGCUUUCUAGUUUUGUGAACUUAAUCCAAACCCACUCAUCUGAAAUGUAAAUAUCCUGUAGCUCAAAAUAAAAUGAAAUAUGUUGGAACAAA